UCGGCCGGCGCGAGUGCAAAUCGCGGCAGACGGCAGUGAGAUGCAGGCGCGGUCGCUCUGGCUGAUGGUGGUGCUCUGCGCGGCGGCGCACGCUGCUCGCCUACUGGCCGUGCUGCCCACCAACACUAGAAGCCACUACGCAAUGUACGGCCGCCUCAUAGAAGCUCUCGCCAAACGACAACACCACAUCACUGUUCUGACACACUUCCCCAUGAAAAAUCCACCACCGAACGUAGAAGAAAUAAGUCUGGCCGGUACGAUCCCGGAAAUUACCAACAAUUUGACAAGACAACAUAACACUUUAAAACCGCACUUUAUCAGAAACUUAGAGCAGAUAAUGAAGGAAUGUGUCCACGCUUGCGAGACAGUUUCUCAACUACCCGCAGUUAAAGCCCUGGUGAAUUCUACGCUCAGUUUUGAUCUAGUUAUCGUGGAAGUAUUUGGAAGCGAGUGCUUUUUACCAUUCGGCAGAAGAUUCCAAGCUCCAAUAGUCGGGGUACUAUCGAGCGUACCACUACCAUGGGUGAACGAACAACUUGGCAAUCCAGAAGCAACAGCUUAUGUGCCGGCUUACAUGAUGAGUUACGGACAGCAAAUGUCGUUAUGGGAAAGACUUAUAAACACUUUAGCGGUGCUAUGGUCGAAGUUUUUGUACCAGUACAAAUCACAAAUGCCAUCACAGCUCAUAGCAGAUCGUCUCUUUGGACCAGGACCCAAGCUGGAAGAAUUGGCCAAGAACUACAGUCUAGUACUGUCGAAUAGCCAUUUCAGCAUAAACGAAGUGCGACCAUUGGUGCCUGCGCUAGUAGAAGUGGGUGGACUGCAUUUGGACGACUCACAGACAAUGCCCAGGGAACUGAAGACCAUUAUGGACAAAUCGUAUCGUGGCGUGGUAUACUGGAGUUUUGGAUCUAUGUCAAGAAUAGAGACCAUACCCAAAAAGAAAUUGGAGCAAAUAUUCGAAGUGUUGUCAGAACUACCUCAGACGGUGCUGGUGAAAAUGAAUAGAAGAAUGUUGGCAAGAAAUAUCACCGUACCAGACAACGUUUAUACAAUGGACUGGAUACCGCAGUACAAAACAUUAUGUCACCCAAACACCAAGUUGUUCGUAUCUCACGGUGGUCUACUAGGGACACAGGAGGCGGUAGCGUGCGGUGUCCCCAUGCUAACCGUGCCCCUGUAUGCGGACCAGGCGCUCAACGGCCGCGCCAUGCGAGACCGCGGCGUCGCACUCACGCUCACACUCAAGGAUUCCAGCAAAGAAAGCUGGAGGGAAGCGCUACAAGACUUGAUAAAGAAUCCAGUAUAUAAGCAGAAUGCUAUGAAAUUAAGGGCUAAGUUCCUGGACAGGUUACAGCCACCUCUGGAAACUGCUGUUUACUGGAUUGAAUAUGUCUUGAGACACCAGGGUGCCACUCACAUGCGGUCACCCGCCCAAGAGUUGUCACUUAUACAAUAUUUAUUAUUAGAUAUAAUAGCAAUUAGCGUAGCUACCACACUACUGACAGUGUUCAUUCUACACUUAAUGUUUCGAUACCUUUGUACAAGAUGUAUUCGAUGGUGGCCUAAAGAAAAGCUUGUAUUUGAAAACAGGCUGUUCAGAAGGAAUAGAAGUUUAUUACAUUGCUUAAUUUGGUUAUAUAAGUUUAAAGGUAAUUAAGAAUAAGUCAAUGUG